CAAGUCGGAGCAACAACAAACUGAAUUUCCUUCACUACACCUUCCUUUGCUCCCAUCUGCUCCAAGUUCAACCUCCAGCUUCAUGAAGCUAUUGUCUUUUGGCCUCUUCUCCUUGAUCCUCGAUUCCCAUGAACUGUCUUCGUUGACUCCGUUUGCUCUGCUCUUUCUAGCUUUCCCACACCCUCCUGCUACAUUGUCGCUUCUAGACACCUAGUAAUCCGGAAGAGCCUUCUCUUCUAAUAUGGGAACUAGAGGCCUGCUAUUCAUUCGCUGGGAGGGUAGAUACUAUGUCUACUACAACCACUACGAUAGUUACCCAGAGGGUCUCGGAGAGGCUAUCGUAGAGAAUAUUCCAAUAACACCCGAGGAGUAUCAAGAAUGGCUAGACAAUAUGCGACAAACCUACACGCGCCUGUCAGACCAAUUCCAAGAACAUAUUCUCCCCAUCUCUCCGGAUUUCCUCCAGCCUGACGGCAUCACUACGCCCAAAGAUCGUUAUUUCCGCAGCUACCUUGCAGUUGAUGAUCGGCUUGAAGAAAGACCAACCCUAGCGCUGGAAAAUUAUUCCGGGGAUCUUUGGAUUGAGUGGACAUACAUGAUCGACCUUGACCGCGAACUCCUUGUGGUUAAUCAGUCUGCCGUUUUUCAGCUUGCGAGACUGCCACAUUGCCCUAAUUGGCACGGGUUUUUGGAGCAAGACAACCACGGUCGUACAGUUCUGGCCGUCGAGACCCCGUCAGGCCUUAUUGGUGUUGGAGCAGACAAUAUCGAGGUGGAUAAUGACCUGCGUGAUAAAUACGCUUCUUUCGAUCUUACAGCAGGUUCCCUGGAGAUUCUGGAAAAGUCCAUUCAAGACCGCACCCCUAGGGUGACUAUCUUGACACUGAAUAUCUUGUCUAUUUGUCAAGAAUAUCGGGGUCUGCUAGAUGCAUCUUAUAUGGACUGGUCAUCCAAAUCCUUCCCAUUCCGAGAAAUUGCGUCCGCCAUCGUGUCUGUUGCCGCUGGAGAAGUAGUUUAUGCAUCUCCUGAGAACUUCGACGGACGUUAUAGGAAAGAGGGUUUCUUUCGCGUUCCCGAGACCGCCCUACCAGUCAGCAUCGUCUGCUUCCUGGUUUCCUUAGUGAAUGCCAUGCCCCUAACGUUAGACCUGGAUCCGCCCCUGCCCCGGAAGAUAAUCCGUUUUGGGUGGGGAACGUGCUUGUAUAUCUCACCCCGCGGCUUGACUUAGAUGAGGUUCAACUAGCCGCAAUUCGCCG